AUGGCCAAGAUUGCUAUCGUCUACUACUCCAUGUACGGUCAUAUCCGUACCUUGGCUGAGGCCGAGAAGAAGGGUAUCCAGAAGGUCGAGGGCGUCGAGGUCGACGUCUACCAGAUCCCCGAGACCCUCCCUGAGGAGGUCCUCAAGAAGAUGUACGCUCCCGCCAAGGCCGCCGACAUCCCCGUUCUCGAGGAUCCCUCCACCCUCGAGCAGUACGAUGCCUUCCUGAUUGGUAUCCCCACCCGUUACGGCAACUUCCCCGCCCAGUGGAAGACCUUCUGGGACAAGACCGGCAAGCAGUGGCAGUCCGGCGGCUUCUACGGCAAGCUCGCCGGCCUCUUCAUCUCCACCGCCAGCCUGGGAGGCGGCCAGGAGUCCACCGCCCUCGCCAGCAUCUCCACCCUCGCCCACCACGGCAUCAUCUACGUCCCCUUCGGCUACGCUAAGGCGUUCGGCCAGCUCACCGACCUCUCCGAGGUCCACGGCGGUGGCCCCUGGGGCGCGGGGACCUUCGCCUCCGGUGACGGCUCCCGCCAGCCUUCCGAGAGGGAGCUCGAGAUCGCCACCAUUCAGGGCGAGGUCUUCGCCCAGACCGUCAAGAAGCACUUUGGGUGA